UUGAUCAUCGUAAUAGCCAUUGUUUUUUUCUUUCCUUCAAUCUAUAUCUUUACAGAUAUCGUUCAUCAGUCUGAAGAAUUAAUCCGCAUUAUAAACGAGGUUAAGGAGAAAAAAGUGAAGAUACUCCGCGUGGAAUUCACUGACAUCAAUGGCAUCACGCGAUGUAAGAUGGUAGCCGUAAACACUCUGGAAGAACUGUCAUCGACCCUAAAGAAAGGGGUCCUCUUUUCUCCGAUUUGCUUCAUGAAAGAUCCGGUAGGAGAAGGAUUCGAAUGUGAUUUCAAGGAAACCUAUUGGUUCUCUGAUAUGUGUGCGCUUCCAGAUCUGCGCACCUUUCGGGUUAUCCCGUGGCUUGAGGAUACGGCAGCUGUCUCAACAGUACUCUAUCACCUUAAUAUGAAAGACCCCGUGGUUGAGCAUCCGAGAAACGUGGCGAACAAGCAACUCAAACGUUUGAAAGGUUUGGGGUUAUCACUGAUGAGUGCUUACGAAUUGGAAUUCCGUCUUUGCGGCAACAAGGGUGAACAACUAGUUCAGGAACGAGUGGGAUUUUGUGCCAGUAGCAUCCUCCUUGCAACGGCCAGGGACUACAUAAAGCAGUUGUUUGACUCCUUGCCACGGGUAGGGGUAACUGUGGAUGCUAUACAUUCUGAAAGCCCUGACGGAUCUCUUGAAGUGUCUACGAAACCUUCAUUUGGAAUAAGGGCUGCUGAUGAGGCUGUUAUCUGCAAGGAUGCAUGUAGCGAAAUCGCUCUCUGCAACGGAUACAAAGCACUAUUCAUUGCUGAUCCCGAUGGCACUGGGAGUGGGUUUACCCUUCAUUUGAACCAUUCUCUUUGGGACAAGUCUGGUAACGUGGUAUUCAACGCUACAACUGGUGACCUUAGUGACACGGCUAAGCAUUGGAUUGCUGGUUUGCUUGCUCACACACGGGCGUUGACACCCCUCAUGGCUUCCACCGUUAGCGGGAUCAAGAUGUUCGGUGCUUAUGAACUGGUAGAUUCGGUAGAACCGUCAUACAUUUCAUGGGGCAAACACAACCGCUCGGCUACUUUCCGCGUCAAGAAGAGCGAUGGGCCGAGUGGAUCGUACAUAGAAAAUCGGCUUGGAAGGAUUGAUGCAGACCCAUAUCUUAUUCUUGCAGGUACCAUUGCUGCAGGAUUGGACGGUAUUAUCAACAAGAUACCUCUACCAGGAGAAUGCUUAGGAAACGCCCAUAAGGAUAUCCCUAAAAAUCCAACGAAAGUUCCCUGUGAUAUGGAGGAAGGUCUCGCAGCUUUGGUCCAAGAUAAAGUCCUUUGUGACGCCCUUGGCCAGGAAUUCAUUGACCUUCUAGUUGCUGCGAGGAAACACGGGAUUGCACUUUCUAAAGCAGAAAAUAUACAAAAUUAACCCGAUUUUGUUCAAAUGCUUAUUCUUUUAUUUCCACUUUUUAAAACGAGGUAAUUCGCCUCGAGAAUCAAAUGGCAUAAGUCUUAAACCAUGAAUGUGAUUAGGAACGGUAUCAAAAAUCCAUCACAGCUGUGGCCUGCCACAUCAAAACCAACAGUAAGCGGCCAAAUUGGAAUUUUGAGGUUUUCACCAAGCUUGAUGAAGCACAUCCUAACCUUAAUGGGGAAUUAUAACUUG